UUUUGCAUCAACAGAUACACGAAUCUGUAAUCCACCAUUCACGGAUGCGCCGUUGGAUUCCUCCUGCUGUUUCCCUCAUCGACUUCAGCACACAUGCCGUUGAUUUGAUAUCCUUUUAUCUUGGACCUGCAGCCUGAGACGCCGCGUCGUCGCAAAUGUUUCGUAAUCGACGCAAUACACAGAAGCCCGAUGAGGAGUUGUACGCGUCCUUCCGACAAAACUUCCCCAAUGUUGGGCCAUCGACUGCUUCAGCCGUGCAAGGGACUGACCCAGGCCCUCUUCGCCGAUCGUCCACUUUAAGCGAGGCCAUUGUCGAUGACCCUUCCGAGCCUCAACGAUCUUAUGAUGCUCAAGCAGAUGUCAAAGAUCCGGAUGCUACGCCAAAGCCAUUUACAGACUCAUGGAGAUUCACGCCGUCCCUGAUGGAUCCCAAUUCUUUUGCUUUUUCCGCUUUCGCAAACCAACCGCCUGGGUAUUAUACCCCAACCCCAGGUGGCUUUGGCACGCUCUAUCAUCCUCAGGCCGGUGACCUCCAUACACCGGGGAUGGGCAUGAAUACGCCUUUGUCGCUUCCUCAUUCAAUCCAUGGCCUACACGCACACGACUCCAUCAUGCAACUUCAGCACUUUAAUCCUCACUUUCUGCACAACCCCCAUCCUUUCCAGGAUGUCUUUUCCCAGCAACACCCUGUUCACUCUAUGGCUCAACACCAACCUCAGACCUAUGCGCCACAGCAGUUUCUCCAGCAUCAGGACUCUGGCUACGUCGCAAUGGACGAUUCCCCUCACAAGACCACUCCAUUACCUGGCGAACUGGGUGUCGUACCGUCGUCCAUGGCCCAGCCAAUACCUACAGCCAUGUCUACACACGUUGGUGUUGGUUUACAAACUCCUACGCCAAAAUUCCGAUUCCAGACCACACUCAAUGCCCCAACCGCAAUGGUACGGCAUGCCGACGAGAUCCCCAUCACCUACCUCAACAAAGGCCAGGCCUACACAAUGUCGAUAUUCGAUACAACUCCUCCAAUUCCACAGCCAGGACAGAUCCUAAAGUAUCGUACCUAUGUGCGCGUCUCUUUUGAGGAUGAACAGCAGAGAGCUCGGCCUGGCGCCUGUUGGCAACUCUGGAAGGAAGGCCGUGGCACCAACGAGGCCCACCAACGGGGUGGUAAACUAUUGGCAGUCGAAUACGUGGACCCCAAUCAAGGCGGUGACGACGAUCUGCGAAAGUCCCAAAUUCAGCUUGAAAAGGCCUCUUUCGACGGCUUUGCAGUCACUUGGUUCCCUGCCUCAGUUCACGGUGCGCCUGACAGCUCUAUCUCGGUGCGAUUUAAUUUCCUGUCCACCGAUUUUAGCCAUUCCAAGGGUGUCAAGGGUAUUCCUGUUCGGCUAUGUGCAAAGACGGAGCUGAUCUCGCUGGAUGGAACCACUACAAAUGGUGAACCAGAGGUGUGCUUCUCCAAGGUCAAACUCUUCCGGGACCAUGGCGCUGAGCGCAAACUCUCCAAUGACGUGGCCCAUGUUAAAAAGACGAUUGAUAAGCUGAAGCAGCAAAUUGCACAAGCAGAAGCCGGCUUGGGCAAUGCUGGAAAACGGAGAAGAAGCGGCUCGAUGGUUAAAGCUUCAGGAUCACGGCCCGGCAAGAUUGUCAAGCACAAACGAACCUGGUCGGUAGAUUCAGAGGGCGAAGGGGGCAAGUUCACCGCAGAAGAGGACCUACAGAUGAAACUGGUGAGCAUGCAAGACAUGUUCACCUCAACGCAACCCAUCAGUGUGCUCUUCCUCAAGGGCGACCCAGAGGAUGAUCCUGAUCUUUACCCCGUCAAACUCCCUGGUGAUGACCCCGAGGGUAAAGAGUUGGUGCGGUCCACAACAUGGGAAUCCCGGCAAAGUGCAUCUGACUCUCCCACCUCCAACGCUGCUUCACCAUCCGCAAGCUCUACGUCUCCGAACACCCCAAAGCGCAGGUUCUCCGAAAUGCAAAAUUCAGUCAUCCAGGAGGAACCAGAGAGCGAACUAGAUGUUGACUCCUCGGCCAACGUAUCCUCAGCACAAACCCGACCCGUCAAGAUUCCCAAGUCCGAGGUCGAGUCAAAAACGGAUCUCUUCGCGGUGGAUGUGGACAGUAGCUAUAAACCUCCAUCAGAUCGACCUAUACGACCAGUUGCUUGCUUUUACGUCCGUCAAAAAGACUCGCAGAGAGAAUACUAUCGUGCAGUCUAUCUAAUGCAGCGGACGGUCAAAGAUCUGAUCAAUGGAAUCGCACAAAAGUUCGAAGUCGAUCCUCAUAGGGUGACACAGGUUACCCAUGUUAAUUCCCGAGGAUUGCGCAUUCUUGUGGACGAAGAGGUGGUCCGCGAACUUCCUGAAGGACAGGACAUGAUGGUGGAAUUUACUCCUGCUUCGGGCGAACAACCACUUAAGCAAGAGCUUAUUGCUCCAGCCUCAACCGAGGUCAUGGUCGAUGCAGAGAUUCCACCAUCCAACAUCAUCGUCUCGGACGGGCUCGAGAUGUGGCUCAAUUACUGAGACAACUCAACCCCGGCACCAAACGAUAUCACAUUACGAGGCUCGAAAUUGUACGAAAUUAUUAUUUCCCUGACUUCAGUUUCAAUCUUUCUCAAACACACACCAUAUCCGACAUCAUGACAUGGGCUUUCUUAUCAGACACCGGUGGAAUAUAUUAUUUGAUACCCCUUGGGCGCGAGGCCCUUGAUGUACUUGAGGCGGCUCAAACACACGCGUGGAAUUGUACAGAUGCAAGAUCGGUGGAGCGGUGGAUAUUGGACCCCAUUUUCUCCAAGCAAAGACUAUGGACGAUCGAACGACGGGAUGAUAUACGGGUCCCCAAGCGACGUGCCGACCCUUUUUUACUUUUCUUAUUCACGAGAUACACGACUUUUCGAAGAUACCCAUUUUGUCAGAUUUACUCAUUCUGUCGGGGCAUUGAGGGAUCUCUGGUUUUGGAGGAUCCCAUCAUCGAGUUGGCACUGUAUCGACUACCUCGCUAAUACUGAUUACACGAAUGACCGUUCUCCUUGGGACAUACCAUGGACGGGCUGAGAUGGGUACGUCGAGUGGCCGAGUUCAUUCCUCAUUUUUCGUCAUCGAUUUGUCGCGCCUUAGGUUGGCUCGACGGCGAUCUCAGUUUGGAAGGCUUACGGAGCGUUUACUUGAUCCAGACUGGCCUGGGCAGGGCAAUAGGUGGCCGCGUGGUAUCAGGAACCUGAUCGCACCAUGCAUGCAGGAACGCGCUUGACCAGAUUUGAGGUGUUUCGGUCCAAACCAAUUGAAGGUACUUGUGCCUGGUCGACCUAGACCCGGAUGGACUGGACACGAGUACUGCGCCGUUGGCCUGCAGUCUACUGCACGAGGCUGGGCUGUUCUUGGGGCAGUGUCUCAAGGGAGAACGUCAUCUGACCAUAGCAAUGUAGUGACAUGAAAUCUGAUAUGAUUGGC